GUUGAAUUGGAUCGGUGCCAGUCUGCGCUGAACCGUCGGCGUGUGCGCACGUCGCUCAACGAAACGACGUAUCGCUACGCGAUCGCGAAAAUAGUGUCGUGCCCGUUAUACAGUGUUUCAACACCGUUCAGUGAUUUGUUUAUUUUCCCAUUAAUAUCGGAGUCACGGUGCUCGGCGAACGAAUACGAAGAUAUCGACACGUUUUUCGAUGCGGCCCUCGGAACGUUUUAGUUGAUGACGGCAUACGAGAUAAAGAUGGCGUUGCUGUGGGGUAUAUUGACGUGCUUGUUAGCGGCUGCGUUUGCGCAAUCGAACUAUGACUCUCAGGCUAACAAUAUUGAAUAUCAGGGAGAGGGGCUGCCGGAGCAAACAGUCCUGGAUGGCAAGGUGACUAAACUCGAUGACUUGAGUCCCGUUAUCUUCUUGAAUAGGACCAGAGCGACGCUCAACUGCGCAGCAGGUUCAAUGCAGAUCGAACUAAAGUUCAACGAGAAAUUUUACGGCAUCGCGUAUGCCGAUUUCGAUAGACAUUCAGCGUGUCAGGUCGCCGGCAAGGGAGCGACCUCCUACAAGCUGGAGCUGCCACUUAAAGGAUGUGGUACUAAGCAGGAUCCUCUUCGUGUAUUCACAAACAACAUCGUGGUGCGUUUCCAUCCGGGUCUGGAGAUGGACGGUGACGAGGUCAUCACCAUCGUAUGCCGCUAUCCGCCGCCAAUAGUGCCAAAGCCAGAGUUCAAACCUCUCAUUUUUACCCCUGAGCAAGGUCCGUUGCCAGCCAAAGCGCCUCUGGCGGGCACACACAUCCUGAUGAUCAUCUGCGCAAUCCUCUUCCUCACGCUGCUGCUCCUGGGACUUGGCGUCUCUUACCUGUGUCUGCGGCGACGCGCGAUGCCAGUGCCGAGGAGGCUGAUUGAUGACUCCUCCGCAUCUAUCAUUAGCAGAGAGAGUAUACAAGAGGUUAAAAUACCUCGAGCACACCCUGUAUACCCAGUGGCAGCGGAAAGUGCUAGUGUAGCGUCAGACACGAUUCCUUCUGACUACCCGUCGGAGACUCCCAGCGAAGCAGAAGCCCAUACUAACCAGGCAUUCAUGAUGGACGAAUCAUAUCAGAGUGAAGGGUACGGUGAGAUGCACGAGACGAGCGCGUCUAACGGCCGCUAUUCGCACGCAGCGCACGUGCACGCGCACUCACAGGUCAACCGCGAACGACAGGAAUGGGUCCGUCGGCCGCGCUCCAUCGUCUCUCUCAAUACUGAGAUGACCGACACGCACUCAGUCACGGAGGUCACCGAUGCAACGCAUGCAAGGAUGUUCCACAUCAAGAAACCUCCUCCUCCACCACCAAUGAUGACCGAACGACUGGAGACAGAGGAGCAGGAAUUGACCAUGGAAAGCCUUGAACCCAUACCGGCUGCCCCAAUAGUACCCGCAAGGAAGCCAGAAAUAACAUCACACGUAGUUGAUGACGUCUUCCUUCGAACGAUCACCGAGAAGAAGACUAUAGAAGACAUCGAGCGUCACAAACGUUUGGUGACGGAGUACCGCCAGGUGCCGGCGCCGCCGCCACAGUUCGACGUCACUAUAAGAAAUCACACACUGCCCGAAGCACAGUGGGAGAACUUCUCCGAUAUAAGCAGUGCGUCAGGAAUGACUUUAACACCGAAGAUGGAAAGAGUUCCAUUAUCACUGCCGCCACAGAAGUACAUUGGUAAAGGUGGCCCAGACCUCUUCUCCCCUGAGCUGAUCAAGCAAACCGGAAAAGUAUAUCAGCCAUCGUCCCCCGACCUUCCUCUGCUACCUGAGCUACCACCAGCUCGUAACCCGCUUUACAGAGAGGAAGACGAUGAGGAUGUGCCUGAUCCUACUCCAGCGCCACCUGUACCUACCAACUGGACUGUUCUCACCAGGGUAUUGAAGACUGAAGCUCAAGAUGAGAUACUAGCAGAAUCAGAGCGCUCUUACCGGCUGACUCGCGAGGAGCGUCUCCGUUGGCGCGAGCUGAUCACACACGAGAGCACGCUGCGGCGGGACUCGCUGCGGGAGCCGCAGCGCUCGCGCCGCUCCUCCUACCGCAGCGACCACGUCGAUAUGAGGUCGAUGUCUGAGAUGAUGGUGGACUACGCGCGGGAGCAGGCAGACACGCAGUCGGAGGUGUCUGCGGGCACGUUGCUGGGCCGCUACUACGACGACGACAGUGACAACGAACAGCCAUUCAACCAUCAUCAGUCUUGGUCGCGACACUCUCUGAACCGUUCUGUGAGCCAGCCGUCGCUGGCGCGCUCCAACACCGAGGUGGUGGAGCAGUGGACAGCGCCCGACGGUGACGUCACACCUACUCCUGGACGACGGAUCAGAGGCGCUCAAGGAUUGACAACGUUCACCUCGUCCGAGGUGCGAACAUUCCAGGCGUCGAGAGAGUGGCGCGAAUAAAUACAAGUCUUGCUGCCAAUAACGCCAUCAAAUGCAAUAAGUUUAAAUAAUUUACUAACUAUGUAUUGAAUAAAGAUUAAUUUAACAAUAUCUUGAAAUGUUUGAAUAAUUGAAUUAAAAAAAAUAUUAAAACUAAAGGCCUGUCCCACCACAUUGUAAAUUGAUAACUUGGAUUGUGUAAAUGUGAUGGAAACAUUGAAUUUUAUUACCUUAUCUGACUGUGACGUCAUUUUGGUGGUGGGACAGGCCCUUUUUUUUCGAUAACAAAA